AUGGUCCUCAUCCGCCUUGGCUGGUUAUAUGAAUCGCUCCCGACAUUAAGCGAGCAACUAUGGGAUUGGUAUAACGUUCUAUGGAAGGUUACGUUUAGCUGGAACUGGGACCGAUUCGACCUCCCGCCCUAUAACCCGAACCUGUGGACUAUUCCUGUCGAGUUCUGCAACUCCCUACUGCUCUUCAUCACUAUAGCCGGUCUAAGCCGGAUGAAGACAUACUUACGCCUCGCCUCCUCGAUCGCGAUUUCGAUCUAUUGCCUCAAAUGCGGCCACUGGGCCGCCUUCGAGUUUCUUAUGGGCAUGGUCAUGGCCGAGAUUAGUCUGAUCCAGGACUCGAUCCCGCUAUUGAGCUCCGUAACGAGCCGCGUCCUUAAGUAUUGCCUCAUUGGGAACCUCGUUUUUGGUAUCUUCAUCGCCGGGUGGCCGAACGCUGAGGCCGACAAGACACCGGGAAUAUCAGCACUCUGGUUCAACACUAUAGAGCCGUACUGGGGAACUGGCGACGGUCUAUACAUUUCAUUUUACUGGUACUCCCUUGCCGCUGUCCAGAUUGUGGCUGCGCUGCAGCAGAUCAAGCUGCUACAAAACCUCUUCGUUACACCGCUGGCGCAAUAUCUUGGCGACAUCAGUUUCGCCUUUUAUCUAGUCCAUGGGCCGAUAAAGGAGAUGGUCGUCCCUCGCGGCCUGCCGUUCCUCUGGUCUACGGUCGGCGGACCUGACGAGGCCGGUAUGUGGGGACGUAUGAUCGUCUGGUGCGCCGCACUUAUAGUAAUAGGCAUCCCGGCGGUGUGGGCUGCCGACCUCUUCUGGCGCGUAGUGGACGUGAAGAGUGUGGAACUCGCUCGCUCGAUCGAGACCUGUUGCACGCGAGACGAUUAG